CUAGUCUGUUCUGCCUCGCGGCAGCCGCCCCCUUCUGCGCGGUCACGCUGAGCUAGCGCCCGGGCCCGGAAUCUGGCUGCCGACUCCGAACCAUGGACCCGCGUAAAGUGAGCGAGCUUCGGGCCUUCGUGAAAAUGUGUAAGCAGGACCCGAGCGUUCUGCACACCGAGGAACUGCGCUUCCUGAGGGAGUGGGUGGAGAGCAUGGGGGGUAAAAUACCACCUGCUACUCAUAAAACUAAAUCAGAAGAAAAUAUCAAGGAAGAAAACACAGAUAGUAAGAAGGAGGAGGAAAACGUAAAGACAGACGAACCCUCAAGUGAGGAAAGUGAUCUAGAAAUUGACAAUGAAGGUGUGAUUGAACCAGACACUGAUGCCCCUCAGGAAAUGGGAGAUGAAAAUGUAGAGAUAACCGAGGAGAUGAUGGAUCAGGCAAAUGAUAAAAAAGUGGCUGCCAUUGAUGCCCUAAAUGAUGGUGAACUACAGAAAGCCAUUGAGUUGUUCACGGAUGCCAUCAAGCUGAAUCCCCGCUUGGCCAUUCUGUAUGCCAAGAGAGCCAGUGUCUUCAUCAAAUUACAGAAGCCAAAUGCUGCCAUCCGAGACUGUGACAGAGCUAUUGAAAUAAAUCCUGAUUCAGCUCAGCCUUACAAGUGGCGAGGGAAAGCACACAGACUUCUGGGCCACUGGGAAGAAGCUGCCCACGAUCUUGCUCUUGCCUGUAAACUGGAUUAUGAUGAAGAUGCUAGCGCAAUGCUAAAGGAAGUUCAACCGAGGGCCCAGAAAAUUGCAGAACAUCGGAGAAAGUAUGAGCGAAAACGUGAAGAGCGAGAGAUCAAAGAAAGAAUGGAAAGGGUUAAGAAGGCUCGGGAAGAACAUGAGAGAGCCCAGAGGGAGGAAGAAGCCAGACGACAAUCAGGAGCUCAGUAUGGCUCUUUUCCAGGUGGCUUUCCUGGGGGAAUGCCUGGUAAUUUUCCUGGAGGAAUGCCUGGAAUGGGAGGGGGCAUGCCUGGAAUGGCAGGGAUGCCUGGGCUCAAUGAAAUUCUUAGUGAUCCAGAGGUUCUUGCAGCCAUGCAGGAUCCAGAAGUCAUGGCAGCCUUCCAGGAUGUGGCCCAGAACCCGGCAAAUAUGUCAAAAUAUCAGAGCAACCCAAAGGUUAUGAAUCUCAUCAGCAAAUUAUCAGCCAAAUUUGGAGGUCAAGCAUAAUGCCCUUCUGACAAAUAAAGCCCUUGCUGAAGGAAAAGCAACUUAGAUCACUUAAUGGAUGUCGCAAUAAUACAAACCAGUGUACCUCUGACCUUCUUGUGAAGAAAGCUGGGGUGCUUUGAAAAUAAUCCCUACCCCUCUGCCCCAAAUGCAGCUGAAACAUUUUAAAGUGGUUUGCCAUUAGGGUAUUCAUUCAGAUAAUGUUUUCCUACUAGGAAUUACAAACUUUAAACACUUUUUAAAUCUUAAAAAUAUUUAAAAACAAAUUAAAAGGGUGUGUUAAAUCCCUACAUUUUUCUUUACUAAUCAUUUUGUUUUUUUCCUUUGAGUUAAUUGGGCAAGAAAAAUACUUCAGUGUGGAAGAUUUAUUGCUCAGUUUGAAUGAAAUAAAGGUUUAUCAGCAGAAGGCAAAUAUAACAUUGAAGUAGAUAAAGUUUGAGUUGGAUAUAUAUGGUUAGUGAGGCAUUUUGAUUUGUCCUUUUAAAUGCUUUAUUUUUUAAAAAAUGAUUUAUUUCGAUAAAACUAUUGGGACCACCAGUAUUGCAGUAGAACCUGGGUAGGGACUGGAAGUACUUGGCAGGAUAGCCACAGUCUUACUACAUUUUAUAUAACAUGUGCCCUUGUGCAGAUGCAUUUAAAUCUUACACUGUGGUGAAGGGAUGAUUUUUAUAAUGCUGCAGUAGAGUUGGGUUACUUAGUUGUGUUCUUGUCUGACAUAUAAAAUAAAUGUUUCAUAUUAUUUCCACAUGGGGGAAAUAAGGGAAUACUUUUCUUUUUAUAUUUCUAUGUUUAAAAUUAUUUUUCCUCGUCAGAAAAUGCCCAACUCUUUGUCUGCUUUCUACUUGUUUUCACAUUUUUUUCCCCUUACUCUUCUUGGGCUAAAGCUAGUCCUUUUUCACUAGCAUUACUGCUAUCAUUCACAGCAUAAUUGUGCAAGCAUAUUUAAUGCUGGGUUUAAUUUAAUAUGUAAUACAUAUAGUGACUAUGUAGGGUAAUACCCGUAACAGCUGUAGUUUCUUACUUGGCCAAGUGAUUUUGUAUUUAAAUGUUAGAUUUCCACUUCAAUGAAAUCUUAUAUCAAAAGAUGUUGGAAGGAGGGAUUCCUUUGGGUGUUUGGUCUUCUACUUAGGAAAUACUGUUGCAGUUAGAGUUUAUCUUGAGGUAUUCAUCUUUCUAUUUUGGAGAGGAUGAGGUUUGAAUUAUACAUAGAGGGGAACCUAACUUCUUGAUCCAGCAUAAAUUAUAAAAUUGAUGUGAUCCAUGGUGGUUCUUCAUUGUGGAGUUGUUGGCAUUGUGAAAGAUUCAUUGUUCUCCUAUUCAGCUCUUAAAUACUGCAACCAUAGCUCCACUUCUCCUUUUUCUCUUUCCCUCUCCUCCAAGGAUAAAGAAAAUGAUAAAUUUUCUGUUGUACAUCUAAUUCUUAUAUUAAAUAAGACUAAGUCCAGGCUCUGUACCAAGAAUUGCUAGGUUUCUACCUAUCUUUCAAUUUAAAGUGCUAGCGUUUAGAAGCAGUUUCAAGGGAUGAGACCCUCUAUGCUUAUUUGAAGAAUCAGUGGUAGGAGCUGUGAAAUAUAUUCCAUGGAAUACAUUUCUGAAAUAGCACAUUUCUGAAAUCAUAAGUUGAUUCAGGUUCUAACCCUUUGUUGUACACAAGCAGAUAGAAAUGCCUCUGUUAUAUAAGUGAGAAAAAGCUGUAUGCUAAUUGAGCAUGCUUUUUAAGCCCUUUAAAAAUACUCAGCAUAUAAACUUGUGUUUGAGCUUGCCAGUGUUCUUUUUGUUAAUGUGUGUUCUCUUUUCUCAAAAUUUCCACUGUGUGCUGUGAAUAACUCAAGAAGACCAGUCGCUUCUGGAUUCCUCAUUUGAUUUACUCAACUAUACGUUACCUAAGUACAUUCUAACAUUGCAAUAUUACCAUAAGUGGGUAAAAGUAAAAUUGGUCUUUUGAAAAUGUG